UGUGUAUUUCAGUCCUCAGGUGUGCUCUGGUCUCAGCUGUCACUUACAGCAGACAUGUCUGAGGAGGCGGUUGUUCUCGGUGCUGUGACCGUGCUUGGCGUCUUGGAGCAAGCUUAUUUCUCUCUACAGGUGAUCUAUGCCAGGAGGAAGUAUUCUGUGUCUCCGCCCAGCACUGUGGGCCCGCCUCAGUUUGAGAGAGUUUUCAGAGCUCAAGCAAACUGUUCCGAGUAUUUCCCGAUCUUCAUCACCGUUCUCUGGAUGUCUGGACUUUUCUUCAGCCAAGGUUUGUCCUCGUUCUGUGGUCUGAUCUACUUAUACGGACGAUUCAGAUACUUUCAUGGAUAUUCAGAGUCGGCUCAGGGACGGUUGGCUCCUCUGUACCUGAGCGCUCAGGUUCUCUGGGUUCUCAUCGGGUUCUCGUCCCUCGGCGUGUUUCUCACCUUCUGCAGAGUUUACCUGAACCUGGACCUGCUGCAUGGGCUCUGCUCCGCCCUCAGUCUGGUCUGACAGGAGGAGGAGGAGCCGGGCACAGGAGUCUGAAGGUGAUGGUCCUCUUCUCACAAAAUGUGACUUUAUUAUUUGUGAAAUUAAAAUAAUGUACACACUCCUCCCAGAAAAAUAAAGCUGAAGGAUUUAUUUGUUUUAUGAAACAUUAAUCAGGAACUCUACAUGACAGAGAUCUUAUAUGUGCUGUUUUUCGGUUCUUAAAUUUCCCCAAAUCUCUUAUUGACUGGCUCAAGGCUCUGAACGAUGUCUCAAAAUGUUUCAGUGGUGUUUGUUAUUUACUAACUUCUUGUGUACUAUGAUUGUACUGUCGGUAAUGUUUGAUGUGUCUAUGAAUUGACCUGGUGGCAAAUGAGUUUACCCACGGGGGAUUAAAAAACGUUUUAUAAUCCUAUCUAAUUUAUUUUUUUAAUACAGUUAAAUAAAUGUUAAUAUAUCAAAUAGAUAAUAAAGCCCAGUGAACACAU